AUGGAGCCUGUCGAUAAUAAGAACAUCAAAGAGCUGAAAAGCAUCCUAUCAAAGAUGUCACUUAAUGUGUGCUGUGUAUUGGCAUUGCCUGAAUUUGGAGUUAAAUGGACUGAUGUGAUUCGAGGGGUGCGUAACGCUAGGCUGAGAAUGGAGCCAGCAAGUGUGGCUAAGGUCCUGUGUAACUAUGCUUACAGAAAAUAUCUUCCGGAGGAUUUAGCUGACCUAGUUGCAAUUCUUAGACUAAAAUUGGUCACAACUCAACCUAGGACAUGGCAUGUCAUUAAAUUAGUGAACAAGAAUGAUGAUGAACCUCCUAUACUAUCUCCAAAUUUAUCCUUUUUUUUAAAACAGGCAUUAAAAACUACAAAAAUCUGCAAAAAUCGGCGACCUCAGAUACAAACAUUUAAAAUGAACAGCCUUGUAUACAUAAGUGUUCAAAUGCAAGGCCCAACUCCAGUUUACAUGGCAGUACCUUUACAAGGAGAUGUUGCUUUAGUUAGUGCCAUACGGUCUGGUGUAAUUGCAGGACUUGUUAAAGGAUUGGGCUACGAAACGUACGAAGAUGUGGCCCUUAGCGGCCAACACAUAGACUCCCUUCUCCGAAUAUAUAAUACAGGCAACACCAAUCAGGCGGAACAUCUAUCUGGGUUGCCAGAAUACAAUCCAAUACCAAUAAUAACUGAGUCGGGCAUAGACUAUACAGGCAAAGCAUAUGAUGAACAUUAUGUGCAACAAAUUAUUGGACCAGACCCACCUAUCGUGAGGAUGUUGAAAAUAAAAACAGAAAAGGAAUAUUUUAAUCGUAAUAUAUUAAAUAAGGAAAUAAAAAUGGAAAUGGACUUGAAGACUGAAGACGUAGCAAAAUCGCUAAUGCAUUGGGCCAAGUUGGGUGCGAUUCCUCCGACGUCUGAAUUAUUCCAUAUAUUUCAUAAAACUAAAUCAAACAAUUUCGUUUACCGUGGAGAUAUGAAUGAUUAG